AUGGUGGCGGCGACGAGAUCACAAACCAAGGAUGCGCCUGGGGCCGCGCAGACAGCUUCAUCGUCCCUGCUGGUCAAUCCUACCGUCCAAGAAAAUUGGCCCGCUAAUCCGACGACGCCAGCAGAGUUCAAUGCAUGGAUGGCUGAAACCAAGGCCGCUCUGGAAAAAUGGCUACGCGAAGCUGAGGCCGCGGCCAAAGACCCGGCGAUCGAAGAGACCAUUGACAACUACAACGAAGAAGCGCUGGAGAGAUGGCAACCAUUUGAACGACAAACGGACGUAGAAACGGGCAUCAUCCAUGAUGUAGCGCAGCAAGCGGCGAUGAAAAGAGCCGUGUUGCGCGAAAGGAGAACGCGCGAGAGCAUACACGACGAGCACAGGACAUGGAGAAAGUUCGUCGAGUACCGAUACGCGCAAUCUGCCUGGGAAGACUUCCUUUACUACCAGAAUGUGUGGAAUAGAAGAGGACACGAUCCCUGGAAAAUAUAUACCGUAACAGCUGCCGAGCAAAGAUACCAAGAAGCACUUGGAUCGCUCAGUGCGAAAGCAAGACAGGAUGUGGAAGACUUAGACUCCAACGAGGAUACAGUAGGAAGACCACCGAAAAACCACCAGGCCAAGCAUCCAAAAACCCACAAGCCGGGUACUCACAACCAGAACAAGCUCGACCGAACGAAGAUCAACGCCUACACCGACGCCUUCCACGACCCUUACAUGGUAUGGCUAAAGCACAUGAUCGACCUGUACAAAGGAGCGUGUCUGGGAUAUCGGAAGCGCAUUCCCGGCGUUGUGGCUCCUGAGAACGCGCAUCGGUAUAGCCAACCGCCUCGUGGUACGACACCGCGAAGUACGCCACGCUACCACCACCACCAUCGUCACAUCGAAGAGAGAUUUCCGUGUACAAGACGGCAGCAGAUAGAUAGGGCUGAAGUUGAAGAGGGGUAUCGGACGGAAGCGCAGAGAAGUCGCGAUAUGCGGCUUGCAAGGAGGGGUAGAAUGGAGUCGAUUACAUGGAGUAUCGACGAAAAGGCCUACGAAACCAUGAAAGCCGAGAAGGAGAAGGAAUUCAUCCAAGACCCACUGACCAUAAACCUCCUACCCGAAGAUCACAAAACCCACCACGGCAGCCUCGAAAGCAGCUUCAACUGGCCCACAUCCUUCGACACCCCCGUCUCCACCAUCCUCAAGACCAUAAAAACGCGAGACCACGUCUACGACCCCCUCAGCGACCACUCCCCCUACCCCUCCUCCCCCAAAAGCAGAAAAAGGUUUCUGGGCUACAAGAAAUACGAAAAUGGAGAGCGUAUCAAGAAAAUCGACAGCCGACCACACUACCAGCGCGAAAUCCACAUGCGCGAAGGACUCGUCUUCGAACACCAGAUGCGCGCCGAUGGAACAGUAGAAGGGCGAGACCGCAACGGUGAUUGGAUUGGAGAUUGGGUACCGGGUCAGAUAGCUACACCCGUUUGGGUUUACGAUGGAGAUGGGAACCGUAUCACGUUACCGCCGCGAUAUGAAUCCAGGAACAGAUUUUCUGCUUUCUUGGUCAAGGAAUCGCAUGUGAGGGAGACGCGACGCCAGCGACAGCGAGGUGCAGAAAGGGAGUAUGAGCUAUCGGAUGAUGAGGAUGAGGGAUGUGUAAACUCGAAUGCCAACUUCUCGAGAUCGGGGAAUGUUAAUCCGGAGCAAUUGGGGAAUCCUUGGGCUUCCAACCUUGAUAGUGACGGUGAAGGCGAAGGUGUUGGUUAUCCUGGUGAUCACGACGAUGACGAUAGUGACGACGACGGCGACUUAUUUGCGAAGUCGUAUAGAGAGUGCUCGGAGAGUCCGGCGACGAGACAAGCGCGGUUGUUGUUGGAGGAUAUGCGGGAGAGGUUUGGUAUGCUGGACACAUGGACUGUUGAGAAUGUUAGGGAAUUGCAACGGGCGGGUAAUGAUGGUUCCGUGGUUGUUGGAGAUGAAGAGAUUAUAGAUUGGUAUAAGGGCGACGCGGAGGGGUCGUAG